AUGUCCUUACAAAGCACACAUUUUUUAAAUUUGGAGAAAUCUCUCAAUGAUUUUCCGGAGGAUCUUAGAAAAGCCUUAUCAAAAAUAAUUACAAAGGAGGGUUAUGUCUGUUGCAACGUAACGAAAAGAGCGCUCUCAACAAAAGGCGGAAACUUUUUGGGUAUUUUACAUGCAGUGGAUAUUAAAGGUACAACUAAUGAAGGUGAAAAGGAAAUUAACAUCUUUGUGAAACAAGCAAAUAUUAUGAAUAAAAUUAAUGCAAUUUCAAUCGCCGAUAUUUAUUCAAAUGAGGUUUACGUUUACAGUGAGCUAGCAAAGGUUUUUACUUAUUUACAAAAUGAGGCAAGUAUUCCAGAUAAUGAACGCUUUAAAAUGGCAAACAGUUAUAAUGAAAGUAACGAUAAAGCUAUUAUAUUAGAAAAUUUAGUUACAAAAGGUUACAAAUCAUUUAAUAGACUGGAGGUCAUGUCUUUAAAAUUUGCAGAACUGUCGGUAGAACAGCUCGCCAAGUUCCAUGGAUUGUCUUUCGUCAUGCAAAGGAAAAGGCCCGAUUUUUAUGAAAAGAGGAUUAAGAAUAAAAAGUGGCCAGUGAAAUUUGACUCCGACUGGAACGUCUUUAUUACGAACAUCUGUAACAAAGCCAUCGAAGUUCUAGACAGUAAAGUACAAGGAAAAGUUAAAAAGUUGCUACCGACAUUUGGCGAGACUUAUCGUAGAUAUCUCAACGACAACGCACCUGUAUGGGUGUUGUGUCAUGGAGAUGUUAAAGUAAACAAUAUUAUGAUGAAAGAAAUAAACAGCGAAAUAACGGAAGUGAUGCUUUUGGACUAUCAGUUCAUUUACCACGGCUGCCCAAUUAACGACUUCAUAUAUUUCAUAUUUAGUAGCACAGAUCAAAAAUUAAGGAGAGAACACUUGGGACACUUGAAGUGUUUGUACUAUGAAUCUUUGAAAAACUUUCUAGAAUAUUUUAACAUGGACGUGGAGUUGAUUUUCCCUCGCAAACUAUUUGAACAGAUUUAUGAAGAUCGACUUGACUAUGGAUUACUAAUAGGUCUAUACUUAUCUUACUUUAUGUUUGUUCCCGAGGAUGAGCUACCCGAUACUGAAAAUAUCGCGAUGGCAGAUGUGGUCUUCAAUCCUAGCGAUAAAUGUAAGAAGUGGGUGCGUGAAUUGAUCGAUGAUUUCAUACUAUGGGGAUAUUUGUAA